UCUAACAUACAUUUCGCUAUAUCUGACAGCGUGACAAGUCGCUGACAUGUUGUUCGCUGGCAUCUUUAUUUUGCUUACAAUUCUCUGCUGCUCUCUUUACAUUCUGCGAUUGUAUUCCAAGGCUUUGGCAAAUUUUAGCCACCUACCAUGCAUGAAAAGUUGGCCUAUAAUUGGUGACAUACCGAAGUUACUGGGAAAUAACCGAGACUUUUACAACAGUAUGGCGAAAUAUACAACUGAAUAUCGCGAGCCUGGUAUAUUGUGCUUCUGGCUUGGUAUCCAACCAAUUGUUGUAGUUUUUAAAGAUGAAUAUGUACAGGAAGUAAUCGGCAACACGAAACACAUUGAAAAAAAUAUGUUCUAUAAAUUCUUAUAUCCCUGGUUAGGAAAUGGCCUGCUAACUAGUGGAGGAUCAAAAUGGUUCAAAUCGAGGAAAAUGUUAACACCAUCCUUUCAUUAUAAUAUCUUGAACAGUUUCCUAAUUGUUAUGCAGAACCAAUCAAAUAUAUUAUGUAACAAACUGGACGAAAUGGUUGGUAAGGGCGAGUUCAAUAUUCGCCCUUAUAUUACAAAUUCUACAUUGGAUAUUAUAACAGAAACUGCCAUGGGUCAAUGUGUGAAUGCACAAGAUGACCAAAAUCCAGAAUACAUUCAAAGUGUUAACAGAAUAUCCGACAUCAUUAUUUACCAAUCAAAGUCUCCAUGGUUGUGGCCAGCUUUUCUUUUCAACUUGCAUCCUUUGGGAAGAGAAGCAGCCAAAUGUUUAAAAUAUCUUCACAGUUUUACCGAUAAGGUGAUUGAAGAGCGCAAAACACUUUAUCUAGAAAGCCUUCAGAAAAACUCCGACAAUAAAGAUGAUGAGACGCUCGGAAAGAAAAAAAUGGCUUUCUUGGAUACUCUCCUUGAUAAAUUGCACGAAGGAGAAAUAGACAAAAAGGAUCUGAGAGAAGAAGUGGACACAUUCAUGUUCGAAGGUCAUGAUACAACGGCUGCAGGAAUUAACUGGACAUUAUACUUCAUAGCUGCUUAUCCAGAUGUACAAAAGAAGUUACAGAAAGAAUCGAUGAUUUAUGGUGAAUCUGAAGAAGUCACACUGUCAAACCUUAAGAAAUUGACCUAUUUGGAUUGUGUUAUCAAGGAAGUGCAACGUCUUUACCCAUCAGUACCACUUAUUGGGCGACUAGCUGCUGAGGAUUUUAAAAUUGGUCCUUAUGGGAUAAAAAAAGGUUCCCAUGUAUUUGUAGGCAUAGGUCCUUUACAUAGAGAUCCAAAUGUCUACCCAGACCCGAGCACGUUCGAUCCCGAUAGAUUUCUUUCAGAAGAUAAUGACAGACAUCCGUAUGCCUUUAUACCAUUCUCAGCAGGACCUCGUAACUGCAUAGGACAAAAGUUCGCCAUGCUAGAAGAGAAAAUAGUAUUAUCACGAAUCAUCCAAAAAUUUAAUCUUGAAACAACACAGACACUAGAAGAGCUUGAGCCAACUUUUGAUUUGGUACUCAAACCUUUUGCUGGCGUUCGUGUCAAACUUAGCCAUCGAUGAUUGUUGUAAUAAUGUCCAUCCGCAUUCGAUUCUGGGAUGUCUGGAGACGUUAUUUCAAUUAAUAUAUUUUCUUUUGAAUAUUUUAAAAAUAAGAAAUCAAUAUUCAGAAUAAAAGUUUUUUCAAGCUGAACUAGGUAUGAAUAACUGCUUGUGUGACUUUCAAGUAUGUAUGCUAAUAUUCAAUAAGACAUUUGAAACUUAUCUUUUCUCUUUACGAAAAAGGAUCGCGUAAUCGAAACAUUAAAUUGUGUCUAUACUCAAUCAAUUCACUGCAGUCUUUUAUGAACACUUCUGUAAAAGUUUUGAUGAUGCUCAACACCUCAAUUUUGCUGUCAUACUAUAUUUUAAUCGUUCGAUAUAUUUUAAAUACGUAAAACAGCGUUUUGACUCGGUUUCAAUACUCGAUUGCAGUUGUUACUCAUCCGUUAUAUUGCUCAUGUUUCACAGAAUAUCUAGUCACUCAAUCCCAUCUACUUUAACUAAAAAUUUUGGAUCUUUUCGGUUUGACCGGCAGCUUUUUAAAAUAAUUUCCACGUAACUAAACACUUUUAAACUUCGUAUACUGGUAGAAUGUGUUUAUAAAACAUCUUUUUCU